AUGGCUGGUCUCCAGUUGGCUCCACAUCUGCCUGUGGGCGUUAUGUUCCCACAUAAUAAAACGGAAGCUCCAGGGCUCCACUCAGCCAAGCAAGACCCUUAUGAACAAGGUGACUCUUCCCAGCGAUCCUCGAUGGGGCAGAACAAUUUUCAGCAGAAGCUUUUGAGCAACAAAGAACUGGCACUGGAUAAUGUCUACUCUCAACCCAAAUGGAACACCCGCACACCAGCCCGGAGCUACUCUUAUCCCCACUGUGCUGGAAUCAGCCAGCGAGACAUGGGCAGUGAUCUCCUGGGCCAAGGAAAGGGUUUGCUUUACCCAAGUUCUCAAUCUCGAUAUCCCAAAGCAAAUGACCAGGACUUCAUCCCCUUUACAAAAAAGCGAGUUGGGGUGGACCGGGCAUACCCACUGAAACCCAUGGUCCACCGCAAGUAUCAUAGUACAGGUGAGGCCAGCACUGAUGGGGACCAGAAUGUCUGCCUAAGAACCCCUGAGCCAAGAGAAUUUACAGACAGCAAUUUUGAUUUGAGGAAUGGGGUGAACUCAUCUGUUCUUGCUGACUUGCAGCGGGAGAAGGCCAGGGCAAACCUCCGAAGGACUGAGUGGCUGCAGAUCCAAAGAUUGGAAGCUGCAGGGGAGAGCUUAGAGGAGGAAAUUCGAAGAAAGGAGAUUCUCCUGAGAGAAAAGUUGAAGAAAAUAGAAGAGGAACUUAGAAGGAUCCAGAAGGUAAAAGAACAGGCCAAGGGAAAUGAAGACAGAGGGCUACAGAGAAUGAUCUUUCCCAGGAGGGAAGUUGAUAACAGCAACACAACAUACAAACCUGUUUUCUCCCCACAAUUUGGGUCUGAAGAGGUAUUUAGUAGAGACAGGAGAGAGGACGAAGCCUGGGGACAGCCUCAAGAAACUUUUAGUUCAUUCCAGUUCUCUGAUUAUAGAAUCCAGAGGCUUAAAAGGGAAAGGCUGGUGGCAAGCAACAACAAAAUCCGAGACCAAGCCUCAGGGCCAUUAGUGGCAAAGUUCUCUCAGCCUUUGGAAGAACCAAGCAGCGAUUUGGAGAGAUCCACAAGAAGUUCUAGCCCAUGCAGGACACCAGGCUCCUCAGGUUCCAGCUGCUCCAAUGAAGAGCCAGAACUGGGCAAAUGCAGCCACUGUGGACGCAAAUUUCUCUUGCUCAGGCUGGAGAGACACUCUGCCAUCUGUGGCAGGAUGCAGGGUUCCAAGAGGAAAGUGUUUGACUCCUCCAGGGCCCGGGCUAAAGGCACGGAGCUAGAGCAGUACUUGAAUUGGAAGGGGCCAGCUGCAGUCAAGGUUGAACCUCCUCGGAAGAACAACUGGAGGCAGAAGCACGAAUCUUUCAUCCAUACCCUCCGUCAUGCACGGGAGAUCCAGCAGAUAAUUGCCAAAGGUGGAAAACCCUCAGACUUGCAUACCAUCCUGCCUGCAGAAAACCCAGACUAUAUUCAGUGUCCUCACUGUAGCCGCCACUUUGCUCCCAAAGUGGCUGAGCGACACAUUCCCAAGUGUAAGACCAUUAAGAACCGUCCUCCACCUCCACGGAAGCAUUGUAGUUGAGCAGGCAAUAGUGGAAACAUCCUUGAGUAGUUAAGAAGGUUCUACUAC